CACUCUGUCCCCCGGUCCGGCCCGGCCGGGGAAGAUGCUGCUGCUGCUGCUGAGGCGGCGGUUGGAGGCGCGCGGGCUAGGCCUCCCUCCCUCGCCGUCGUGAUGCCGGGCCUCCCCUCGGCCUCCUCCUCUUCGUCGUCGUCGUCAGCGGCGUCGCCAUUCUCCGCCGGGCCGGACCCGGAGGAGCGCUACGACUUCCUCUUCAAGCUGGUGCUGAUCGGCGACGCCAGCGUGGGCAAGACGUGCCUGGUCCAGCGCUUCAAGACCGGGGCCUUCGCCGAGCGCCAGGGCAACACCAUCGGCGUGGACUUCACCAUGAAGAGCCUCGAGAUCCAGGGCAAGCGGGUCAAGUUGCAGAUCUGGGACACAGCUGGUCAGGAAAGGUUUCGGACCAUUACUCAGAGUUAUUACCGAAGCGCCAAUGGAGCUAUCCUGGCCUAUGACAUCAGCAAGAGGAGCUCUUUCCAGUCGAUUCCUCGCUGGAUCGAGGAUGUGAGGAAGUAUGCAGGCUCCAACAUAGUACAGUUGCUUAUUGGAAACAAGUCUGACCUAAGUGACCUUCGGGAGGUUCAGCUAGAGGAGGCUCAGAGUCUGGCUGAACGCUAUGAUAUCACCUGUGCCAUAGAGACAUCUGCGAAGGACUCCAGCAAUGUGGAGGAGGCUUUUGUAAAGAUGGCAACAGAGCUCAUGAUGAGGCAUGGAGGCCCCAUGUUCAGUGAGCCAAACACAGACAGCAUCAAACUUGACAGCAAGGAUGUAGUAGAAGGAUGGGGGUGUGGCUGCUGAUACAGUUUAUGAAAAAUCUCUUUCAUUGUGACUGGAAUCUAGUGUACCUUCCCUUCCCAGUUCUCCAGCUGCCACUCUCUGAAUCUGGUGUCAACUUUCUGCCAGCCCAGUGCAUUUGUGGGUUAGAUAUUAACGUUUGUGGGUUGUUCUUAAUUCUGAAAGGACUGUUAGAUAAAGCUAGAAGUUCGUGGCAGUAGUGUCUGCCAGGUUCUCCUAACAGGAAGCAGAGCAGUUUGAAAAUGAAUUGCACAGAGAGAACUUACUGAAAUCUUUCUGUACAGAAAGGGCAUGGACAGGGAAAUGCUGCAGUGUCAGUUGUAAAUCCUUGUGUGUGGGACCUCCUCAGUGAAACAACACUUCUAUUUUUAAGUGAGCAAGGCCUCGUUAAACACUUAACAUUCCACCAAGUAUUAGAAUUCUAAUAGGGCUACACUGUUUUUCUGAAUGAGUGUUACAGAUAAGAAAUACUUGAGUCAUUUUCUCAUAGGACAAAGCAACUGGCAUUUGUCCAGACUGAGGAACCUCCAUAGAAGUUAAGUUUCCCUAGACACUGAAAUUAUACCCUAUGUGAAGGGAGAGGAUAGGCUUGCACAGAUUUCCCCCUUUGGUGUUUUUCAGACAACUAGAGAAACCAGCAUGAGCAGUACUGUACAUCUAUGUGAUGUAAGAGUCAAUAAUUUACCUUAAUAUCCACCGCAAGAAACUUGUCAUAGUCAUUGGAUGUAGGACUCACUGAUUUCAGUGGAAUAUUAUUGGAAGUAAAUGCUCAUUUUCAAACAAAAAGGUUUAAGAUUGCAAUAUUAAGAUAGAUAUGUUAAUCUUCUAUUUUGUACCUUCUGAAUAGUUUAUUUGUUGAACGUAAUAUUGUGGAUUUUUAGUCCUCUAGUAUAUUAAUUUCAAAAUGUACAUUCAAUGUCAUUAGAGGAAAGGAUAUAUUGUGACUACUGCUUUCUUAGCCAUCUGCUUUUUAAAUUAUUAUAAAAUACCUAAAACAAUUGAAGGUUAGUCCUAUUGCUCAUGCUGAUGAAUAAUAAUAAUAAUGUUGUCGGAGCAUUUUUCUUUUUUAUAUAUAUACAUAGGAUGAUAUUCUGACUAGAAUAACAUCUUUUCCAGAUACCACAGAAUUUGCAUCUUCUGAAAUUUCUCCCAGCCAGUAUUAUGUAAAAAUAUUUAUUACUAUGUGUGUUGUUAUGUUGAAUUCAUAUCUGAUUAAUUUUCUAGAACGACCAACCAUCCAUGGUAUGAACUCCCUACAAAUCACAUAACAACUGCUUUCUUUCAUAAUAAUUUUGCUCCAAAUACAUGCAACAUUUUAUGAUUUGUACAUUACCCCUUCUAUAUGAUUUGUACAUUUAGUCCUUUUGUGCAAUUGAAUUGCAAGUGGUUUAUCUCCUCCCUGCAGAUGGAAGUUUUUUUAGUUUUACUACAAAAUCUGCAAUCUGUUAAUCAAAACCUGCAUCACUAUUUAAGUUCAGAAUAUUUAAUUUUAAUAUUUUUGGUGAAUUUUAUGUCAGAUUAAAUAUAUGCCUGCAGUUCUGAAGUGCAAAUAUUAGCAACAAUCAAAUUCCUUUUUGGAGCACCUUAACACUGAGAUAUGAUGAAUUAACAGUGUGUCUGCAAUGUUUUAAAACUAAUUUUUAGGGCUUAGUUAAGGUCCCUAAAAUGGCUAUAUUUCAAAGCAAAAAACUUGAUCAUGUCAGAAAAAUGUUUAAAAAAUGCAGAUUGAGAAGAGCAGCAUUCAUCCAGGUCAUUAUUGUUGGAAAUAUCAAAAUAUUUGUGACGAUUUCCAUUAGCACAAAACAGACAAUCAUGAUAAUGCUGAUAGGAUGUCAGAGAUCUUUUUUUUAAAGGCUGUAUGGUUCAUCAGAUUUAUUCUACACAAAACAUGAAAAGUUGCUAUCUAUUUUGAUUUUUACACCAAAUUUCAGAUGACUGUAUAAUGAAAUUGUCGCAUUCUAACCUUUUCUAUGAAAGAAGUACCCAAAUUGGGCAUUGUUUAUUGCAUUCUUAUUUGUAAUGUCAAAGAGUGGCUUUAAUUUCAAGUGUUUGUAGAUAUAAACAAAUACAGGGGCCUUAACCUAGUUAUUGGGGUGAGUGUCACAAAAUGCAGGGUGAUGUGUGACUGAGAGGUUUUGCUCAUAAAUAGUAUUUUAUUCCAAGAUUUUCCAGCACUGUUGGAUCCAGAUUGUAAAUGUGCUGAUUUCCCAGCAGUUAACUAAACACUAUCUGUGAACUAAAAGAAAACUGAACUGAGGGCUGUCUGGCUCUUCUCCUGUUAACUAUGUGAAGAACCAAUGCCAUUAUGCCUGUGAUCAUUUUGGGUUAAGUAGAUAUGAGGAUGGAGUUAUAAUAGUCGGUAACAAGGAGCAAGUUCUGACGCGCGUCAGUAACUUGCCGUAUCCGCCAUCUUGCCACCACCGGAAGUCCUACUGUGAUUUGCUUCUAAAAUGAAAGCUUGUAAAGGGCAGGUUUGGAGAUCUCAUCGGUAAAAAUAAAUUAAGCACUUUGUCCUUUUUAAAGAAAAAUAGACAGACAUUUCAUUCAUAAUGUAGAAAAAAUUCCAUAGGUGCCUAUUGUAGGAUGGAAAUGGAUAGCCCAUCUGCCCCCUCCCCAGCCCUGGAAAACUACAUGGUCACCCCACACAAUUUUUGCUCUCUUACACCCCCUCUCAUUAUGUUGACACCCAGAAUGGCCAAUACUGCCUGAAACCUUCAGGAUAACAAUUGGCUAUUUGGCUUUUUUUUUUUUUUGCCUCCCUGCCAUAAAAAUAUGUGAUGUUAGUGUUGAUACGGGGAGCUUACAGUGGAAAAUAGUCUCAAGGGCUAUGCUUUGAGUCUGCUUGUGGAGAGAAAAUGCAGGUUAUAAAUAAUAAUAAUAAUAAUAAUAAUAAUAAUAAUAAUAAUAAUAAUAAUAAUUGCUUUGUUUACCCCUGCCUUAAUGGAUAAACAACAUUGAUUGAUUUAUAAUAAUGAAGUUGGUUGUAGAUACUUGUCUGAUGAAGUAGACACCUGAUUGGUCAGAUCAUUGUGUUCAUAGGUAUUGGCUGGCAACCACAGUACAUACAAUUUGUAUAGUUCAGUCAUGUGUUGUAGAGACAUUGUUUCCUUGCUUAAAUCAAGUUAUUAUGAAACUUUACAUUACCACCAUUUUUUUAUUGUUGGAUCAGGACACAACAUUUUACCAAACCAAAGAUACCUUCUACCCCCCCUCCCCCCAACACAUGUUAUAAAUCAAGAAACGACUGGCUUCGCCAGAAUGAAUCUAGUACAGAAUUAGGCCCAUAAGCAAACUUUUGAAUUAUCAGUGGGAAGUUAUAGAACACACAAGAACUGGGUGAUUAUACCAGGGGUCCUCAAACUAAGGCCCGGGGGCCAGAUAUGGCCCUCCAUGGUCAUUUACCCGGCCCUCGCUCAGGCCCAAGCUAAGUCUGUAACGACUUGAAAACACACAACAACAACAAUCCUAUCUUAUCAGACAAAAGCAGGCCCACACUUCCCACUGAAAUAUUAAUAAGUUUAUAUUUGUUUAAAUUGUUCUUCAUUUUAAUUAUUGUAUUGUUUUAAAGUGGUUUUUUUGCACUACAAAUGAGAUAUGUGCAGUGUGCAUAGGAAUUCAUGUAGUUUUUUCAAAUUAUAAUUUGGCCCUCCAACAGUUUGAGGGACUGUGGCCUGGCCCUCUGUUUAAAAAGUUUGAGGACCACUGAUUUACACUGUCAGCAGUUGUUUACCUAGACGAAUGAGUGCUUCAAGUAUUCUACCAUUCUAUCAUAGAAUGCAAUAAUCUGUGGCAUAUAAAUUGUUCCUUGUUGAAAAACAUUUAAUAUUUAAGCACUGUUCGUAAGAUAUAUACUAUACUAUGUUUUACAGUACAAAUUGGGUCAAGAUUGGGAUGUAUUUGUAUCUAAAAUAAUUUGGCAGUCCAAUAGUAUAAUUGUGCAGUGAGCACAAUAAAUUAUUAAUGAAGUAAGAUAGCUGUGGCAUAAAUAUUAGAAAUUGAUUUCAUGUCUGAAUUCUUCUAAAAAAAUCAGAGUUUUUGAAAGUGGUCUGCUUGUAGUAGGUAGCUGUCAGCCUUAAAACCAUGUAAUAAUUUGAACAUUUCCAUUAUAAGGUGUAUGACAUAAAUUACCUAAGCUAUUUCCUUAAUGACUUUAUAGGCUAAAAUCAAGUUUUUGCUCCACAGCAAGCAAAAUGCAGUUCCUGAGACUGAUCGCUCCCAGUGGUUGUCCAAAUAAAUAGUAUUUUUGCAGACAGCACAGUGUUUUGUAAGAUAGCUGUCUUAGGAAACUUUUGACAAAGUUCAUUUAAUGCAGAGUCUAUGCAAAUACUUGUUAAUGUGUAUUAGUAUAGUGCCUUUCCUUUAAUGUUUUACAAAAUACCUUAAAGGAGUAAAUGCUGGAAGUUGGUAGAUUUGCACACCUAGCUAUUUUUGCGACAAUAAGAAUGGGGUGUAAUGGAAACAAAAACCAACCACGUUAAUAGACAUAUAGUUGAUUCUCAGUUAAUCUUGUGGGUGACUGUGUACAUUCCAUAAAGCAUGAGUUUGUCAGGGGAAAAAAAAUCUCAUUUCUCUUUUUCCUAUGUGAAACUGAGAAAUGUAAAUCCGAGGGAAUCUAUAGGGUUUUGGACAGUGCUGUCACAAUCUAUUGUCUUGUCCACCCACAGAUGUCAUACUAGAUUCCCAACUUGUUAGUUGCCCAUGUUCCUCUGUUUACUUUUCUUUCUCCCUAGUCCAACCUGACUCUUUUUUUGUUUUGGCUUUCCUGGGAUGCUGCUGCUGAUCUGCACUGUUAUUUCUAACUUUUCCAGUAAUUAAAAAAGUAAAAGCCAAAAAAACCCCAACUUUAAUGAAUUUCCUGAACUGUCAGGAUUUGAAGAAGGAAGAAAUGUAAGGAAUUAAAUCUAAAUAUAGAUGCAGUACAUUUGGUCUUUCUUCCAAACUAGAGCACCAGCGGGUAAGUUCCACUGAGAUCAUGGGACUUCUACAAACAUAUGUUUAGGAUUAGAGUGUCUGCCUCACUUAAAUACAGUUCAGAAUCCACAUUAAUUUGCAUAGCUCGUAAGUAAGUUACAGGGUAAAUACUGAGAGAAUCUGGAAUGAUUUGGCAUUAUAUACAGUGCUUAUAUCGUUCUAUUUGCUGUUUUGCAUCUUGAAUAAAUAAAAAUGUAUGAGUGAUUCACAUGCAUGCCCUUAAUAUAUAGAUAAUAAUCAAGGGCCUUUUAUUUGUAUUGUGGUAAGAAACAGUAGGGGAGGUUUUUUUUCUUCCUCUAAGUGGUUCCCAGACAUUUGAGGGCAAUCUGUUUUGAUGCCUGUUAUUUAGGAUUUUAGAUUCCUUGUGCUGCUAGUGAGCAGUGUUUCCUUCUUUGAAAACCCUCCUCACACAAAUCUUGCAAGAGGGAUCUCCAUGUGAAAGACCAGACUUUAAUACAUACAUUAUUUCACAAAAUUAGGAACCACAUGGAGAGAUCACUUCAUGAUGCCCUCCUGUAGUAUGGUGCACUCUUCAGGUAUAUUCUUGUGAAAGUUGUUUACCUUCACUGCAGUGCAGUGAGAUGCCUUUCUCAUUGUGGUAUUGUUCAUCUUACUGAACAACCUGUUUAAUCUGAGUAGAUUGCAGAGGGUGUCACUCCUUCUUUGUAAUAUAACCAGAAUUCUGUGUCCGGUAAUGAACUAGAUUUUAUAAAACAAGAGCCAGCAUUUUGGAUAUGAAAGGCAUUGGCGAAACAGGCAUAGGCUUCCUGUUUUGGUUUUUGUCUGUCUUUUGCGAAAGCAAUGUAAUAGUCUUAAGUACUGGAAACACAAUAGGGAAAUAUACUGGCCCUAAUCAGGAGAAGAUUAGCAGUGCCUAAAGUUGCAAACAAGUGUACAUGUGCUUGAUAGUAAGACUCACUGAUUUAGUGAAAACAUACGCCUGUACAUUAGGACAGUAGCUUAAUGGCAUACUUAAAAUAAAUGUGAUUAUUUGCAACUGUCUGCAUUCUGCUAAAAAUAAUAUAAUUUAGAUAAAGGUUUCUCGAGAUUGCAUAUAUAUUUUGUAAACAUAGAACCAAUUCUUGGAUGUAUGAUGGUCAGUACAACCAGCAUUCCUAGCUUGGCUGUUACAUUGCCUAACCUUGCUUCUGAUGUUCAGCUCAGGACUAUGAUGCCGGAAUUAUUCCCUUCCUGUUUGCCUGUUGAAAAUAUUGUCCCCUUCUGCAGUUACUUUCCCAUUUUGGGGGAAAAGAUAUAGGGACACACUGACCCAAGUGUGACUCAUGUUCAAGUAUGAGCGUAUUACCCAUUGAUCUUAAUUUUAGUCUUGAGUCUUAGAUUUUAUUCUGCCUCUCAUGUCACCUGGUGGUAGAACCUACAUAAAGUAAAACAAAAUAAUAGAUUCAGGUAUUUUGUGUAUGGUGUUUGCACAGAGUGGGAUCUGAUAGAGUACUACCCCUUUUUUGAGCAGUGAAGUUAUUUUUAGUUAUAUCUAGUGAUAAAUACUGACAGUCUCUGGAGGUUCCUCAUGUGCUCUGUAUUUUCAGUGACAUUUCCUACUCUGUAAUAGUGCCUCGCUUGAUGAUAUCAGGUGGUUUUUAAAAAAGAGAAAACCCCUCAUGUCCUAGGGACAUAGAGCUUCCACUCGGCGUGUAAGAGAAGGCCUGGCUCACAUACUUAGUGGGGAGAAAGCUCUGAUUCAUAUUGAAUUUGCUCACAUCAUUCCAAAAGGACCAAAAGGUUUUAAGAACUCCGGUGUUACUGAAGUGUUCUGCAGUUUUAGAACAGUUUUAUUGCUUGUUAUAAUCAAGGCUUCUGGGAUGAAUCACAGGGCCUACCUUUCUGUUCACCGGCAACUAUCUUGCUUUUCCUUAGCAUGGUGUUCACCAGGUGAGGUGGAAUGCAAGAUGACAAGGGAACAAAGUUUGCAUACAGUAGUUGAUUUUGACAAUUUACUGUCACCUAUUUAUGAAUUUAUAAGAAAAAAAGUUUAUUUUUAAAAACCAUGAAACCUGCUUUUUUUGUAAAUUUUAGCAAAACUGUAGCAAAUCUGUUGUACUGUGUAUAAUUAAAAUGAGCAUUUGGCUAUUA